AGCGCGGUUCUGGUGGAUCCUGGUAAACAGUAAUGCUGUUGCAUGGCAGAGCACUGGAGCGUGUGGUAAUCCGGACUCUUGGCUGCCUAUAUGCUCCAGUGCUCAGCAGACACAAAGAACCUGGAGGAUUUCUUCAAGGGCUCAGCGAGUCAAAUAUCCACGUCCUGCAUAAUUUGGCUGCCGUUUAUAGACCUCUAGACGUUAUUUGGAAGAUAUUAUUUUGACAUUUGAAGCUCAGUUGGGAAUUGGAUUCUGCUGGUGAGGAGCUAAAUUACAGUCCUUGAUGUAUCUGCUCUGUUUCCCCGUGUUGAAGAUGAUGAAGACGAUGCUUCUGCUGGUUCCUGAAAAGCAGUUUGAAGCUUCGAGCUCUUGCCUCGACUCUGGUUUGACACAGGUUUGACUGAAUAUUAAAGCUGACGUUCCUCCCGCCUGCCUGGUCUCAUCUGGAAACGUGCCAGUCAGCGAAGUGAAACUGUUAGAAUGCAUGUAGAUAAUUGUGUUGAAUAUGUUUGGAGUGCCAGCGACGGAGGCUCCCGUUGGACCAGAGCCGUGCUGAGUUCACCAGUGAAACCAUCAUCUCCCAUUGUUUCUGUUGUUGGGGAUUCAUAAAAGAUGAAAGUCAUGUUGUGGCCCUUUGCUAAGUUAAGAUAAGAUGAGCUAAGCUAAGCUAAGCUAACAUAAUAACAGAGGGUUUUUACAACUAUUUGUAUCUGAUGAAUUGAGACUCUUUAACUGUUGUUUCACCUGCUUUGUCUUUUAUUCUUGUCUCUGUGUUGUUCUAAUCUCCUCCUCCUCCUGAUGAGCCCCUCCUCUUCUGGUCCCGAAGGAUUUAAAGAUUUGCUGCAGUAGUUUUAAGGUGCUGUGAACAUUUUGGACAUUUAGACGUCGAUGAUGUGCAGCUGUUGCAUGGUGAAGGACAGAUGUUCUUCCAGAGGCUGGUGUUUCUGACUCCUCAGACCUCCUCCUCUUUGUUUCUCCUGAUGAAGGGUCACUAACCUCGGGUGAAUCUCGCUGAUUAAGUGUAUUUUUCUAAUGAAAUAAGAUGAAAACCUGCCCCAUUCUUCCCCGACAAACGUUUGCGCCAGCUUCCACCGGAGCCAUUAUCGGCUAUUAAUUAAGCCCUUGGUGAUUUCUCAUAAAGAGAAAGUAAUAAUUUGAACGUCUCCGCUCACUUCCCCGCGGCGCUGAGUGCGCCGCCUGCCAUUUGAUUAGCGGGGACGCCGAAGUUGGCUCGGUCACGGGCGCUGAGGCGGUGGGAGGGGUCUGCGGAGCUCUCCCUCUAAUUGACCAGGGAGCAGAAGCGGCCGCGCACGGACGCAGGUUUGGCGCUUUCUCGCGGCUUUUUGGGGCGCUCCGCGUCCGCUCACGCUCGUUAGCGCGUCGCGUGGCUGAGAGCGUUGGUUAAACGCGAUCAAGAGCGAGCAGAAGAGGCGGACGAAGUGCUGACGGGCAGCGGAGGUGUGAUUGAGCUUCGUUUCCCGUAAUGACUGUGCGUCGCUGUGGGAAUGCGUCCACUUGCUUAGCUGGACUUUAAAACGCUCGCGCUGCACCCGCGGCAGAGCUGCGCAGAGACUGCGCUGGCGCGCGGUCGUCAGCGUCUCGCAGCGACGGCGCGUGCAAAGGAUUCAAGUUGCCGUUUCGCGUGUAGUCAUUUAAACAGCGCGUUGUGUCUCUUUGCCUAGUUUUCCUGACGGGCGGACGCAUGGGCUCGACUCGUCCGGAAACCCAGCCCAUGUUCAAAUGGCUGAUCUCGAACUGUUCUACUUUGAUCAGCCCGAUCCGAGAGGCGCCGCGCUGCUUUUAAACGAGCAAAGUGUCGCCGAGAGCAUCUACGGGGGCGGGAAGUCACUCGACCCGGGCGGAGGAGAGGAUUCAGCACCAUGGACAGAGGCGGAGCAGGACUCGGAGACGUCGUUCACGCGCAGACGGCGGGAGGAGGAGGACGGGGAUGAUGUCCAGCUGAUCGGGACCAGUCCUCAGAGCCGCGGGCUGAGCCCCAGCUCCUCCAGCGACCGGUCCGAGGCGGAGGAGGCGCCGGGCGACGAGGACGACAUCACGGAACUCUACCUGCCGUCCGACGACGACCUCGCCGCCGACGGCUCGGGGACGUCCGUGGACUACGGCUUCAUCCUCGCCGUCGCCUGCCUGGUGACCGGCAUCGCGUUGGUGGCCGUGUCCUACACGGUGCCCCGGGACGUGCGCGUGGACCCGGACGGCGUGUCGGCGCGGGAGAUGGAGCGCCUGGAGCGGGGCCGGGCGGCGCUGGGGGCCCAUCUGGACCGCUGUGUGAUCGCGGGGCUGUGCCUGCUCACCCUGGGCGGCGUGCUGCUCUCCACGCUGCUCAUGGUCUCCAUGUGGAAGGGCGAGAUGAUGAGGAGACGGGCCUUUGCCUAUUCCCAGCACGCAGCCAAGCUGUACGGCUCCAUCAGUCUGAGAGCCGGCUCCAGCCCGGUCCAGUCCUGCUCACAUUUGUCAGUGGCUGAUGAGGAUUUAGAAGUACUCAGCUGAAUUUAUGGACAUGGAUCCUGGAUCAGAGGCGUAGUGGGAGUGAUGCCUGUUUAGUUCUAACAGCUGAGGCAACUUUGUUGUUUUGCUUUAAUUGAAAUAUCCGCAUUUGUCUGAUUUAUACGAGCUUUGUGUGCACAGAAAAAGGCUUUGGCUGCUGUUACUGGUCCAUCUGUCCAAGCGGGCUUAUAAAAUAUCCUCUCAUAAUCCAAUUGCACUGUUGGACACGUGGGACCGGCUCCCGUGUCUGUGUGGAGCUGCAGUGAUGUGAAGCAGGUCCGUUCCAAAGGACAAGCGGCUGUUGCGUUGAGGAGCGGUCGUUGAACCUGCUUUAGGUUUUCACCACACUCCGUUUCCAGAGCGGCUUCUGUUAAACGCGCCACGCGUCGCUCUGCGCUCGUCGGCUUCUCUUCCUGUGACUGUUGCUCCGUCAGAAAAGGCAGGCGAGCGUUCGUGGACGAACCUGGACUUCAGACUGAGGAUGUGCAUCCAGACACAGCACGCAGCGCUUCCACGUCACGGCAGAUGAUGCUUCGGUGCUUCCUCCACGGGUGAUUCAUGAGCCCACGUGACCAAGCCUGUAUCAGUGCACACAGAGCGAGGUGGAGCUCAGACCUCAGACUGCGCUUCCCUCAAACAGGUCGUUGACCUCUGACCCCCCCCAUGGUAUGUCGCUGCACCGCUGCGUCCGACGAAGCAGCGACUGUGAUCCAGUGAGCUCAUUUUCAGACGUCGUGUGUCUGAAGCGCGUCGCUGCAGCUGCAGGGGCUCAAACCUGAACCAGCAGGGCUCCAUUUUCUACACGUCACAAACAGAACUUGGCUGAAGCGCAGCUCACAGAGCUGUGUCUGGUUUCCACAGGCAGCGACUGCACGUCUCUCUCCAAAGACAUUGUGUUUAAUGUGACUGGGAGAUGCCGGAGCGAUGCCUGCGUGCGCUCCGAUUUGUUGAAACGUAAAUAGUGAUACCACAGGAGGUGUAAUUAGAUUUUGUGGCCGAGCACCGAAGGCAGGGAGGCUCCGUUUACUCCACAUCCACUCGGGGCUUUUGACUGCAGAUGUUCAAACGCGUACAGCGAGAAAAUCAACAGCAAAGCCCUGGAGGAGAGAUCUCCUGGUAAUUGGUGUUACUUAACUGCUGGUGGGAGGCCUGCAAAUCACUGAGAGGAGAAAAAAAACACACGGCAUCAUUUUAUCAACCGCUGCAAUCAGGCCCACUUCACCCUCGCAUCAAAAGCCAAGCGUUCCGGCUGCAGCGGCGCUGUGACUGCCGCAUCCUUAUCCUCCACACGUCCAUCCUCCGUUAGCGCUCGCCCUGUUAGUGUGAUGACGAGGUGGAAUCUGAUGACCUCAUAGCCUGCUCCUGUGCUCAUCCGUCCUCCUCUACCACAAACAGGGCCUUUAACCGGUGCCUGUUGACUUCUGCUCGUCCGUGCAUUUUAUGACGUCUGACUUUGUGAUGGAGAGUUUAGACUUCAACCGACGUCCUUCUAGUUGCUGUGGAGAACAGCUGGUACCGUUGGGCACGUGUUCAGUGUUCACUCAGGCCCCGAGUCUGAGGCUCAUUACUCUCCAACGCGCGUUCUCCACACGACUGUCUCCCUAUUGAUCUUAAUUCAGAUUGUUCGGCCUGGAGAGGAAAUGAGCUCUGAGGACCCACACCUGCACACAGUCACCGUUCAGGAGCAGCCGAUGCUGCAGCAUUAG